AUGAAGGAUGUGCAACUAAAUGUAUAUCAAAAUCCUUUGUUCAUAUACGGACAGGAAUAUAUACCAGGAUCUCGAAUAAAGCAUACAGCAGUUUUCGUUAAACCUGAACUUAAAAUAUAUUAUAUAGGAGGAAAUAAUCCUGACAAUUUAAAACAAAAUCCUGAAAGUGACAUCUUUUAUCUUGAUAUUAUUAAUACUACUAAAAAUUUUUUCUCAUCAUGGGUAAAUUUAAAAAGUCAAGGAGUAAAAUUACCUCAUACUUUCUCUCAUACUGCUAAUAUUGGAGGCGCUAAUCAAGAUUCAGUAUAUAUUAUAGGAGGUGCACAUUGGAAUGAAAAUAAUACUAAUUUUUUAUAUAGAUUUGAUACUAAAACAAAUGAAUUAAGUGUACCAGUAAUUGAAGGAAAAGCUCCACAAUCACGUAUAGAAAUGAAUUCUGUUAGUAAUGAAGGAAAAAUUUAUAUAUUUGGUGGACGAACGUAUACUUUGAACGAGUCAGUUUCAAUUUAUGUUAAUCAAUUUGAUAUAUUGGAUACUAUUAAUUUGAAUUGGCAAGUUGGUAGUUUAGUUAACUCUCCUGUUGCAUUAUCCGGUUAUACGGCAACAUUAGUUAAUGGAAUUAUUUAUUAUAUUGGAGGUAGAUCACAACAAUAUGUUUUUUCUCCAAUGACUGAGAUUUUUACAUAUGACAUUAUCGGUAAUAAAUGGUCUUUAAAGAAAGCUACAACUGCGGAUAUAGAAACUAUGCCAGGAUCUAGAACUGGACAUUCAGCUGUCUCGUUUGAUGGCAAAAUUUUUGUAUAUGGAGGAUCGUACUUUAACGGUGAUACAUCAUAUGAUAUGCCAGCUAAAAAGACAUUCGUUAUGUUAGAUACAGUUAAUUUAGUAUGGUCAAUACCCCCACUUAAUGAUACAAAUGUACCAGAACUUGCCUAUCAUACUGCUACGUUAUUAGCAGAUACAUCUGCUAUGAUACUCACUUUUGGAAAUCUUAUGAGCGUACCAAUUAAAAGUGACAAUUUAAUUUAUUUAUUUUAUUUAGAUGAUCCUAAUUUUAGAUGGUAUAAAAUAACACCACCACCAAUUUUAUUGCCAAAACCAUCGGAUACUUCUAGUACACCAACUUCGACAGAGACAUCCUCACCAGAUAAAUUGGUGAUUGUUAGUGUAUCAGUUGGAUUAGUUGCGGUUGUUUUAACAAUAUGUGUAGUAUAUUAUAGGUACAAAAAGGGAAAAAGUUAG